GAGGAAGUUGUUUGUUGCGUUAUUUCUCAGGAGAGAGAGACACACACCUGCUGCGUCUGCAUACACGGGCUAUAUAACUUACAUAAAGAAUCUAGUUCGUUUACAUAGGUGUGGUCGUAGGUUUUGUUUAACUUUAUUCGAGUCGACCGUCGGUCAUAACCGUGGUCGUGGAGUUCGUUUAACUUUACUCAAGUCGACCGUCGGUCAUAACCAAAAAGAGCUAGGACAGGUAAACGGGAAGUGAAAAAUGGCUCAGGUGUGUUUUACCGCCACCAUCGUCGGUUUUCUCUAUUGUCUGUCGGUUCUAAACGCUUGUAAUUGGGACCCGGACACGAAGCUCGAGCAGGGUCUGGAUAUGAGCUCGUUUGAUAAUGGCGCGGCGUACCUGGCUCACCUGCCGGAUAUCUCGGACGCAGAGCAGUGCCAGAAUGCCUGCUGUGAGAGGGAGGACUGCCAGAUCGCUCUGAUCGGGACUCCGGCGGACGGCAAGCUACAAUGUAUCCUGGUCAGCUGUAUGAAAGACGGCAAAGACGUGUGUGUUUUCACCCAGAGCACACAGUUUAAGGUGUACCGGAAGAUCGUACACCGCGCUGAUCAGGAAUCCCAAAACGAGGCCGAGGUUCGCGCUGUAAACACCACAGACCACUGCCGUCUCCCAAGUGAAGUGGGAAAUUGCCGCGCUGCCUUCCCAAGAUUUUAUUAUGACGUCACCAAUCGGACCUGCAAGCCGUUCAUCUAUGGCGGCUGUGGGGGCAACGCUAACAACUUUAACUCCCAGGAGGAAUGCGAGGCUUCCUGUAGUGGGGUGAAAGAUGCUGCACCCGAGGACUCCCAUUCCGUCGCUCAACGCAGCAGAAUGUCUGUACCUGAAAACAACAUUGAUGUUGAACCUCUUCCUGAAAUGACAUCAGAAGAAUUUGAAGCAAAGUGCCUGGCUCCUGCAAAAACCGGACACUGCAGAGCCGCCAUUAGACGCUAUUACUACAGCAGUGGCGCUUGCAAACCAUUUAUCUAUGGAGGUUGUGGUGGCAACCAGAACAGUUAUGAAACUGAGGAAUCAUGCAUGAAAACCUGCACAGUGAGGGUCAUUCCCAGCAACAAGAAGGAGCCCGUCGUUCCUGAUUCUUCUAACAACAUGCACAGCUUUGAAGAAGAAUGUGCUGCGCCCUCCGAAUCUGGCCCGUGCCGUGCAGCCUUCCCGGUGUUUUACUUUGAUCCCAGCACUCAGUCUUGUAAGCGCUUCAUCUAUGGAGGCUGCCAGGGAAACCUAAACCGCUAUGGCAGUGAGGAAGAGUGCAUGGCAACUUGCUCUGGUCAUUUUGAUGGACACCACAGACGUAAUCGCUGGACUCCAGCCUUCUUCCUAGUGGCCACCCUGGCCAUCAUGUCUGCCAUGCUUCUGGUAGGUUUGAUCCUGAUCGCAGUGCGCAGAAACUCCCAGAGGAGUUUCUUAGUAUUGGAUGAUAAAGAGGAGUUACUGCCUGAAGAGGAGCAGGUGUCCUAUGAGAAGCUGCCUAAAGUAGACUCAAACUAAAGCCAAAGCCCUUUCAGUGUCUAGUACAAACAUCCAUCUCAUGACACUCCAACAUCAAGCUGAAUUAAACAAAUAUACUAAAUUAUAUUAAAGUUCCAAUUUGACUAUUUUGGAAGAGGUUCCAAAUUAGCAUGCAUAGAACAAUAUACAUGUAAAAUUAAAGUUUCUCAUUAUUGUUUAAAUAAAAUAUUCUACAUUAUUUUUACCUGUGGGAUAUGUUGCACUAAAAUUGGUGAGUUGGUUAAAAUACUUCUGUUACUUUCUUUAUCAUCUUUCACUCAUUAUGGUUAUAAUCCUACGUAGUAGAAGUAAAUCAGCUUUCAGGGAUGUAUUUAUUGUCAACCACAAUGACAAAGCAUAUGAUGAAUAAUCAAGUGAAUUCUCAUAUGUUUUUUUACUUCAUUUAUAUGUAUAUGUACGUAUACAUUUAUACAUAAGAAUAAUUACUUGAUCAGUUGAUUUUUUUUUUUUUUUUUUUUUUUUUAAUGGGUUUAUAACACUCAUGGCACAUUUUGAGUGGGAAAUAUUCUCUAUAAGUCAUUAAAUCAUUGCUACAGUCCAUAGCAUUGUUUUUUUGAUUGUAAGCAUAUAUAAAAAAUUAUGUAGAUAAGAGAAGUUUUGCAGACAUUUGUUGAGUCUUUGCACACUAAUGAAUGGCCUGUGAGCUGUAACUGUUUAAUUCAUACCAGCCUGUACUUUUUAAAAAAAAAUCUUCAGUAAUAAAAGCAAAUUAUUCAGUUUG